ACUGGAGGCGUGCUGAGAGACGGACACGUUUAAGUGCAUUACAUUGCGAUCGUGUGUAAAUGUCUAUGCCUAUACGAGGCGCGGGGGCGGCGGGACCGGUCGACGGUCGCACGCCCGACCCGCCGACCUUACUUACCGUUCACUACGCAACACUCACGCUUCUAAGCGCAUCCCAGUACCAAAAAUGCAAUGGAUUAUAACUGCACGGAACUAUAAACUAGUGCUUGUGUGAAUGUGUAUAACCGUGUGACCAACUUGGACCCUCACUUUGGAUAUGUAAAUCAUGUUGGCGUGCAGCAUUGGACCCGGAAGGGCAUGGAGAAGGCGCCAGCACGUUCGCGGGAAGCAUGGCUGACACUGCUCCCGAAGCUCACAGCCCCCGGUUCAUGCACAAGCGGCGACGAUUGUCAAGACUGCUCGACAAACUUGCAGUGCAAAUACGUAAUAACAAUAACUAUCCGUUUCCACGUUGGCUAAUGCUCGAUACUUCUUAUUACGACGUCAAGGCGCCCGAGGACGUACCGCUAGAUCUCUCCGUAAAAUCCGAACCGCCGAAGCCGACCGUACCGCCCGUGCACGCUUGCGAAAUAUGCGGACAAACGUUCACGGUGCUCGAUCGUCUGGCCAAGCAUGUCGCAUCUCGGCACAGGGACAAGGCGCCGGAUGCGGCACGGGCGUACGAGUGCGAGAUCUGCCGCCGUCGCUUCGCUCGUUCUGACAUGCUGACGCGCCACGCUCGCUUGCACAGCGGCGUGAAGCCAUAUUCUUGCUCCGCUUGCGGUCAAGUUUUCUCGCGCUCCGAUCAUCUGGCCACUCACCAGCGCACGCACACUGGGGAGAAGCCGUACCGCUGCCCUUCCUGCCCCUACGCGGCCUGCCGCCGUGAUAUGAUAACCAGGCACAUGCGCACUCAUACUCGACGACCCCAGCCCGCCGAAAUCUAAACACACUAAAAUGCACGCACUGUUUUUACAAUUUCAAGUAUUUAAGUUCAUUAAUUUAUUCUUAAUAUGUUGUGAGAUGAUUAAUUUAAUUAUAUCGGU